AUGCCGGCUUCGGUCAAGGAGAUCACGGGUGCCAACUCGUCGUCCGAUUACCUUGCGUGGGGCCAGCGCAUCGCGAUUCUGAAGGAGGCGCCGCACCCCGCGGCCGCCAAGCUCUUUGUCAACUGGAUCGUCUCCAAGGAGGUUCAAUCGACCGUCAUGAAUGGCUUCUCGCCGCGCACGGACUUGCUGCCGCCCAGCGGCGUCCAGCCCUGGGACAUUCAGCGCGCCAACUCGCUCGCAUUCCAGUCGUGGAUGGAGGACCGCGCCAACAUCGAAGCGCUCAAGGCCACGUUUGCCUUGUACUUUGGCGAAGUCACGGGUGAGCCGUCGCCGGGCCAGCUCGGCCUCCACCCGGGCAAGUAAGUGUG